UUGUAUAAUUUAUUUCCUUUUCUUCAUAUCAUUUUUAAUUUCAAAAAGAGUUCGCCUUGAGACAACAUAUUAUACCUCACAAACACUUUACCUAUUGAAACUUAUUGUUCAAUUAUCUAUAGCUAUGCUUAAGGGUUCUUUCGCGAUGAUGGUUCAUACAACUGGGUCAUAGGUCGAUGUAUCAUCCACACUCUCCGCACAAGAGGAUUGUCGUUAAAAUAAUGAAUCAAUCCUGCAGAUUAUAUACUCAUUAUUUCUUCGACUCGCAGUUAUAACUGUCUUCUCAACUGUGCGCGCUAUCUGCUCUUAUCUGAACGAAUGGAAACGUCUUAACAAUAAUAAGCUGCCUCUCUCGAUACCAAGUUUUGUGGAACGUCUAGGUUGCUACGUAAUCAUCGUUUCUGAUAACGAGAAAUUGAGCUUUCGAGUUUUCAGUAUGUUCUCGAUCGGUACUGUAUGUGCAGUGCCACGUUUUGUGAUCGAAUACGAAGUCUCACGAAUAUCGCGACUGAACACGAAAGAUUCGCACUUGUAUAUCAGCGGCGCGACGUGAACGCGAAUUCUUGCAAGUUAUUGUACUCAGACAACACAAACAGAAACGUUAACUUUUUACUUCUGGAAAAGUCGUAGAAAAUCGAUCGACAUGGCACCCGGUACCGUGAUCGCUGCCUUCUCAGUCCUCAAAAAUCACGUCAAAUUCAAAGUUAAUCAAAAUUUCAUAGCCAUUGACAAUAUCGUUUUCAGAUUACAUUACAGAGUUACGUUUCUGUUGCUUCUUGUUGCGUCUAUUCUAGUCACCUCCAGACAAUUUAUUGGAGAACAUAUAAGGUGCAUCGCCGACAGUGGUGUAUCAUCACAGGUUAUCGAGACAUUUUGCUUUUUCAUGUCCACAUACACCGUAGUGAAGCAUCUGAAUGCUACCGCGGUAGAACAGGGCGAAUUACCACAUCCUGGCAUUGGACCAGCUGCCAAAAACGACCCUGUCAUACACCAUGCUUAUUAUCAAUGGGUGCCCUUUAUUCUGUUCUUCCAGGCACUCCUCUUUUACUUGCCGCACUACCUAUGGCGAAAAACAGAAGGCGGCCGAUUAAGUAUGCUGGUAUCAGGAUUACACAUGGCAUCUUUGUCAUUAAACGAAACGGAGAUUCAGGUGAACGAUCAGAUGAAGGUGCCAUCGAAAAAAGAACGCGAUGAGAAGAUACAACAGAUUCGCAUUGGCUUCAUAAAUCGCCUGCACUUGAAUCGUCCAUGGGCAUACAGUCUGACUCUUUGCGAGAUUAUGAAUUUCAUAAACGUGAUCAUGCAAAUUUACUUGACCGACUGGUUCCUCGGAGGUGCUUUCCUCGGUCUUGGUGAAGCGGUCUCGGAGCCUCCGUCUAAAGAGAAAAUAAAUCCACUCGAUGUAAUAUUCCCAAAGGUAACUAAAUGUAUUUUUCAUAAGUACGGUCCUUCUGGUACCAUACAAAAGCACGACGCAUUGUGUGUGAUGGCACUGAACAUCGUUAACGAAAAGAUCUAUACGGUCCUUUGGUUCUGGUUCGUCGUGUUGGCGGUGCUAACCGGUUUGGGAUUGAUUUGGAGAAUACUAACUAUGGUCCUACACGCAAGAAGUACAUCAUUCAACAGGUUUGUGUUUUCCAUGGCAUGCCCUGGAAAGUAUAAUCCAUGGAACGUACUCAAGGUCACUCAUGAGUACUAUUUCGGCGAUUGGCUGUUUCUCUAUUACAUAGCGAAAAAUCUGGACAACUAUGUAUUCAAAGAACUCCUUCAGAGUUUGGCGGAGGAAUUGGAGAAUAAACAUCACGCUCGUUUUAAAAUUUUACCGUCAGAAGUGGAGCAGGGAUUGUUGAACGAGCAAUGGGGAGAUACUCUUAAAUUUUCCAAUGAGAACGAAAAAAUAAAAUAGCUCUUAAAUAAUUAUCUAUAAAUAGACGAUCAAGAAUGAGAUUAAUGACAUGGACAAAUGGAUCAAUAAUUAUUUACUUAAAUCCAUACUGUCUUGAUUUUGACGAAAUUUCAAACUGAAACACAUAGUUUUAAUACUUUAUUAAUUACGUAACUAUAUUAAUAUAUAUUAAUUACGUAAAUAUAAAGAGUUCCUACGAAAACAUUGACGUAAAGUCAACAGAUAUAAUAUAUUGGAUAAAUCUGCUACAAUUGUAUGUGAUUUAUAAUAAUGCGACGAUCGUUGAAUUGUUAAAGUUUACGCCAUUCGAGAUCGCUAUCUCGCGUGAAAAAAUGUGGACUGUUUGAAACGGAUAGCAAGAAGAAUAUAUUGUGCAUCUAUAUGGACAACAAUCGCGUGCAUUCACACGCGUAUUAUAACACUGCCAAAUUGCCUCUUUACGUAUAAAUAUAUAAUACUUUAGCUGCGAUUUACUACGAUUGUUGAAUAAUGCGCGUCUCGCGUGCAGCUCGUCGCAGCCUCGCAUAGUCACAUUUGUAGCCACGCACGACAUAACUGCUCAGUCGAAUGUCUUUUAACUAUCUCGUAGGAUUCGUGUGUACGUUACGUGCGAUCGUAUGUCGAGCAUAUGCGCAUACAAGCGGUAUAUGCGGUAAAUACAUCCGUACGUUGCACCGACUCGAUAAAUGGAUCCGACAAUAAUUCGAAUCGUUAAGUCGUUAAGGUCUCUGAUUGGAAUUAUGCCAUGGCCUAGUAUCGAACAAUCGAGCAUUCGAUACAUUUAGCUUUUACAACUAAAGAAUUAUUACUCGCGUAUCUUUUAUCGGUCGUUCGAAAAUAUCGACUUGAUAAAAGAUCUGCAUUUAUUUCAUAUUCAUAAUUUUCCUCUGAUAGCUUCGAUUUAGUUUCACGUGAGAGAUCAUUAUCGAUUUUAAAUCUAUUGUAGUUUUAGAUUUAGCGUUUAUAUGAAAACCACAUGUUUUGUUAAAUCAUUGUA